GGUUCGGGGGGGUUCUUACGGGACGGAGCAGCGGAUGUCCCGCCUCAGCUUGUUUUUGACGUCACGAAAGGACAAAUCGAUUUACCGCGAGGUCAUUCGGCCUCUCCGAGCAGCCGGUUGAAGCAAAGCGGAGGCGCCAUCUUAAAAUACAGAAAGACGCAGCUCCGCCAGAAGGCAGGACACCACCAUGUACCCGACCUCUUUGACUCAGCUGGCCCGGGCCAACCCGUUCAGCGCCCCGCUCUUCAGUCUUCAGAAAGUGGAGGAACCACAACAGAGUCUUCAUGGACGGAGGACCCGCACACUGGCAGCAGCCGCCACUGCAGACGAGGGUGUCAGCUGCGAGUUUGGCUCCUCAAAGUAUUAUGCUCUGUGCGGCUUUGGGGGUAUCCUGAGCUGCGGCAUCACACACACGGCAGUGGUGCCCCUCGACCUUGUCAAGUGCCGUCUGCAGGUGAGCCCAGACAAAUACAAGAGCAUUGGUAAUGGCUUUAAAGUGACUGUGAGGGAAGAUGGCUUCAGAGGCCUGGCGAAGGGCUGGGCUCCCACUUUCAUCGGCUACUCAAUGCAGGGACUCUGCAAGUUUGGCUUCUACGAAGUGUUCAAGAUCUUCUACAGUGACCUGCUGGGAGAGGAGAACACUUACCUCUGGAGGACAUCGUUGUACCUGGCUGCUUCAGCCAGUGCAGAGUUCUUUGCUGACAUUGCUCUGGCUCCCAUGGAGGCUGUCAAGGUUCGUAUCCAGACCAUGCCUGGCUUCGCCAACACCCUCAGACAGGCCGUUCCCAAGAUGUACGCAGAGGAGGGUCUCUGGGCUUUCUAUAAGGGUGUGGUGCCCCUGUGGAUGAGGCAGAUCCCCUACACAAUGAUGAAGUUUGCCUGCUUCGAGCGCACAGUGGAGAUACUGUAUAAGUAUGCUGUUCCCAAGCCCCGCAGUGAGUGCUCCAAAGCUGAGCAGCUGGUGGUCACCUUCGUGGCAGGUUACAUUGCUGGUGUCUUCUGUGCCAUCGUGUCCCACCCCGCUGACUCUGUGGUGUCUGUGCUGAACAAGGAGAAGGGCAGCACUGCUGUCCAGGUCCUCAAGAAGCUGGGUCCCAAAGGUGUGUGGAAGGGCCUGGUUGCCCGUAUUAUCAUGAUCGGUACCCUGACGGCCCUGCAGUGGUUCAUCUAUGACUCCGUUAAGGUCUACUUCCGCCUGCCCCGCCCCCCUCCCCCUGAGAUGCCAGAGUCCCUGAAGAAGAAGCUCGGCCUCACAGAGUAACCACCCCCGCAGCCUCCAUCCCUCCACUGAACUGCAGUCUCAGUCAACACUUCUGAACCCUGAACUUCCACAGCACACACGGCAGUUUUCUAUAUUUAUGUCCUCAGCUCCUGCUGCUCUGCGCAGACCACAGAGCUGCUGCUACAACUCAUGUAUAUUUAAAAACAGAAGGUGGAACUGUCACUCUUGGCUUACCAAGAGUCAUACAGAAAUGUUCUUCAGUAGAAAUGCCUGUCUGGUUUUAUCAUUUCCUGUCAUUAGAAAAAUUAAUUCUAAUAAAAGAAUUAAAUUCCCUGGAAAA